AUGGCUUCAAUUGCUGCGUCCCCAGUCUGCCCUAAUGGUCUAAAGAAACGCUCCCGUUUAAAUGAAUCGCUUGACCUUAUACGGAAUAAACGCCAACGUUGUGUGGUCGACACCAAUAUUCAACACGACAAUAAUGAUGAUGCGGAUGUAGCCAAGUACAGUCAACGCCAUGUCGAGUACUUUGAACACAUGAAACAAGCUGAAAUUGCUCGGAUAAAGACAGAAUGUGACCAGUUGAUGAUGAAGAAAGAACUGGACGUUCAACGUCUUGCCCACGAGCUUCAGUCUACACAAAAUCAAGUGACUUGUCAGACAAAUGAAAUGGUGCGACUUGAAGGCGAAAAUCGACUGUUAAAACGUGCUGUUGCUAUUCAAAACCAGCAAAAAGAAGAGGUUUUACAGGAGAAUAAAACACUGAAACAAUUGGCGACACAAGCAGCAGAACAUAUGAAGCGUCUGGAACAAGCUAAUUACACACUUCGAGUUCAUUUACAAGCUAGUACAAAUGCAACUGUUGGGUACCAUCAAUCACCUGAUGUGUACUAG